CUCGGUUCCCCCCGCCGACCACCGCAUGGUUCAUUCCAGAGGCUCGGUGUCCUCAGCGCGAGGCGUGUUGCUGCCGUCUUCAACACGGGGGCCAGCCGGUUCACUCACUCCGCCGACAAGCGCAUCGCGAUGGAGAGGUUCACGCCGAGCACACGUCUCCUCGUGCAGGACUGCUAAAUGGUAUGCAUCAACCGUCUGCAGAAACUGUCUCUGAAUCAUCUGGGCCCUCGGCUGUGGGGCCGUGAGCAGCUACCAUGACGUAUCCCAACACCAGCAUAUUGAAAGCCAACUUCAGUGGACCCUUUGACGGCCGUGACUCCGGGGGAAACAUCUACCGGCCUUUUUCUGUUUUCAGCGUGCUCACUCUUACAUUACUGGCAAUGCUGGUGGCGGCCACCUUUGUGUGGAACUUGUUGGUGCUGGUGACCAUCCUGAGGGUGAGGACAUUCCACCGGGUGCCACACAACCUUGUGGCUUCCAUGGCCAUCUCCGACGUGAUGGUGGCCGCUCUGGUCAUGCCGCUCAGCCUCGUCCAUGAGCUCAACGGCCGGCUGUGGAAACUGGGCCGGGUGCUUUGCCAGGUGUGGAUUUCCUUCGACGUGCUCUGCUGCACAGCCAGCAUCUGGAACGUUACGGCCAUCGCUCUGGACCGCUACUGGUCCAUCACCAGGCACCUGGAGUACACGCUCAAGACGCGCAAAAAGAUCUCCAACGUGAUGAUCGCACUCACGUGGCUGCUGUCCUCCAUCAUUUCCCUGUCGCCUCUUUUCGGCUGGGGGGAGACCUACACAGAGGGGAUGAAGUGCCAGGUGAGCCAGGACCCGUCCUACACCAUCUUCUCCACCUUCGGAGCGUUUUAUCUGCCACUUUGUGUGGUUCUCUUUGUUUAUUGGAAGAUCUACAAGGCUGCCAAGUUUCGGAUUGGUUCCCGCAAGACCAACACAAUAACACCCAUGGCUGAGGUAAAGGACGAAGCGCAUCAGCCGCAGAUGGUGUUCACUGUGCGCCACGCCACCGUGACCUUCCAGACCGAUGGCGACACAUGGCGUGAGCAGAAGGAGAAGAAAGCGGCGCUAAUGGUCGGCAUCUUGAUCGGCGUGUUUGUACUUUGCUGGAUCCCCUUCUUCAUCACCGAGCUCAUCGUCCCACUGUGCUCCUGUGACAUCCCGCCCAUCUGGAAGAGCAUCUUCCUGUGGCUGGGAUACUCCAACUCCUUCUUUAACCCGCUCAUAUAUACCGCCUUUAACAAGAACUACAACAAUGCCCUGAAAAACCUCUUCUCCCGGCAGCGCUGAGCCGCUCGGCGCGCUGGGCAGACGCACUACACCAGCAUCCACUGCACAGUGUUACUCCUCCAGGCAGAGGAGAACGGACCCGUCUGUACCCGUCACUCAAUCAUCCGUCAGAUGGAUGAUAACCAGAGACCGUCUGAAAAACUGUCUUUAACGAUCUGUGUUGUUAUUUUUGUCUUGUUUAUUACCCUGCUGACAUCACAGCUGGACUGAAACGGGUGUCUGAGCUACUGUGUCUACAAAAAGCGGAAAAGAUUAAGGAAGCCGUGUUAACUCCCUCGUAAACAGUUUCAUCAUAUGUUGUCAUAUAUAUCCGCUGCUGGGAAUCAUUUCAAAGUAAAGCUGGAAGAAAUAUUGAAGAAAGAUAUUUUUGAGCUGCACAAAGGAACCCGAUAAAUAAUCUCCCAAGAACAAAUUGUUUAUUAUUUUCUCAACUAUACACAACAAAAUGCUCAUAAUUGUAGAUGAUGAAAGAAAUAUAUUAGAUUUUUAGAAAAGGAAGAUUAUCUGGAAAUCCCUUCAGUAAAGAAACAACCUCACACAAACUCCCUGGCUUCACAAAAAAACUUGACAAUUACCUCCUUUAGAGGGACUUUUUGGGAAAUCCAUACUUGUUUUCAAAAAAGCAAACACAAAAGAAGUGGACAACUGAUGUGUUAUUGUGUCAGUGUUGUUUUCAAUGUGUGGAUGUUUCCCUCCACAGAAACCUUGGCUGAGGAAAUUGACAAUAAACGAGCCCUCGAUUUGA